AUGCCUGAAAUCGGCGAAGUCGCACGAACAGUACACUAUAUCCGAAAGCUUCUGGUCGGCAAAACCCUCUCCAAAGUCAUCGCCACCGAAGACAACAAUGUCUUUGGCAAGGCUGGAACGUCAGCGGCCGAAUUUCAGGAGCAUAUGACUGGCAAGAAAAUCGUCGAUGCAGGUCAACAGGGCAAGUAUUUCUGGAUCAUCAUGUCCAGCCCACCUCAUCCAGUCAUGCAUUUUGGCAUGUCUGGUUGGUUGAAAUUCAAAUCUGAGCACACCUACUACUACCAACCGAAGGCGGGUGGGGAGAACGAACCAUGGCCGCCCAAAUUCGUGAAGUUCAUGAUCGAAACCAAACCAGAAAAUGGAGAAGAAGCAAUUGAAGCGGCAUUUGUGGAUAUGAGACGAUUUGCCAGAAUUCGACUGGUAGAUUGCCCGGCAUCCCAGAUCCGGAAUGAGACACCCUUGAAGGAAAACGGUCCGGACCCGGUUAUCGACAGGGACAUCGUGACCGUGGCCUGGUUGAAAGAGAAGUGCAAAGCGAAGAAAGUUCCGAUCAAAGCUAUGCUAUUGGACCAGGCAAUUAUCAGCGGUAUUGGUAAUUGGGUCGGGGACGAGAUCAUGUACAAUGCAAAGAUACAUCCUGAACAAUACGCCAACACGCUGACAGACGAACAAAUCACCCGAUUACACCAAUCCGUCCACUACAUUUGCCGAACGGCAGUCGAGCUCUUGGCUGAUUCCGAACAGUUCCCGGAUGACUGGUUGUUUAAGCAUCGUUGGGCUAAAGGAAAGAAAGGAAACGCCAAUAUUUUGCCAAAUGGUGAGAAGAUCGCUUUCCUCACCGUAGGAGGGCGGACCAGUGCCGUGGUACCGUCUGUGCAAAAGAAAACCGGACCCGUGGCCAAGGAAAUGAGUGAAGCCGAGGGACUUGAUGAGGACGAGGAGAAACCGAAGAAGCCAAAGGGGAAGAAACGUAAAGCAGCUGCUGAAGAAGCUGACGACGAAGAUGAAGAGGUCAUGCCAAAGAAUACUCCUGCUCGAGGCGGGAAGGCCCAGGUUAAGGAUGAGCCAGAAGAGGAGGCUCAGCCCAAGGUUAACGGAACGGUAGAGGCCAAUGGCACGGGAAAAGGUGCCAAGAACGGCAAGAAGAUGAAAGAAGAGCCCGCGAAGGAGAAAAAGGCACUGGAGACAGCCUCGAAUGACACGGGGAGGAGACGAUCCCGGCGGCUGGGAAGAUCUUAG